AAUGGCUCGGUUCGGGGACGCGGUGCCGCCGGGGCACGGUGUGCUGGACGGCGGGUCGGAGCGCAGCCGGACUCGCGAGCCUCCUUCAUCCUCCACCGGGGGAGUUUCUCCGGUGUUCAAGCAGACCAAAGCGCAGCGCGCGCGCACCAUGGCCCUGUACAACCCCAUCCCGGUCCGACAGAACUGCUUCACCCAGAACCGGUCCCUCUUCAUCUUCAGCGAGGACAACGUGGUGCGGAAGUACGCCAAGAGGAUCAUAGAGUGGCCGCCGUUUGAGUACAUGAUCUUAGCCACCAUCAUCGCAAACUGCAUCGUCUUGGCUCUGGAGCAGCAUUUACCUGGAGAGGACAAGACACCUAUGUCAAAGAGACUGGAGAAAACCGAGCCGUACUUCAUCGGGAUGUUCUGUUUCGAGGCGGGGAUAAAGAUCGUCGCGCUGGGGUUCGUGUUCCAUAAAGGGUCGUACCUGAGGAACGGCUGGAACGUCAUGGACUUCAUCGUGGUGCUCAGCGGGAUCCUGGCCACUGCCGAAGCUCAUAUGAAUAUCCCGGUUGAUCUGAGGACGUUGCGAGCUGUUCGAGUUCUGCGGCCCCUCAAACUGGUGUCAGGAAUUCCAAGUCUGCAGAUCGUUUUGAAGUCCAUCAUGAAGGCGAUGGUUCCUCUGCUGCAGAUCGGCUUGUUGUUAUUUUUUGCCAUUUUAAUGUUCGCAAUCAUCGGCCUGGAGUUCUACAGCGGCCGCCUACACAAGACCUGCAUCCCCGAUCCAGAUAUACAGGAGAACGAGACGGUUCCGGAUUGGGAGGCGGAGUUCCCGUGUGGAGAUCGUCGGUGUCCGUAUAAAUACAGCUGUAGCGGGUUGUGGAUCGGGCCGAACGACGGAAUCACACAGUUCGACAACAUCCUGUUCGCCGUGCUCACCGUCUUCCAGUGUAUCACCAUGGAGGGCUGGACCACCGUCCUGUACAACGCCAAUGAUGCAUUAGGUCCCACAUGGAACUGGCUGUACUUCAUCCCCCUCAUCAUCAUCGGCUCCUUCUUCGUGCUCAACCUGGUGCUGGGAGUUCUGUCUGGAGAGUUUGCUAAGGAGAGAGAGCGUGUGGAGAACAGGAGAGCUUUUAUGAAGCUCAGACGUCAGCAGCAGAUCGAAAGAGAACUGAAUGGAUAUCGAGCUUGGAUUGAUCGAGCAGAGGAAGUGAUGCUGGCGGAGGAGAAUAAGAACUCGGGUCCUUCAGCUCUGGACGUGUUAAAGAGAGCCACCACGAUAAAGAGGAGGGGCGUGGACUCCAUCCAUCACGGUCCUGAGGAGCAGUGUGUGGACAUCGCUUCUGUCGGUGGGCCGCUGAACCGGGCGAGUAUCCGCAGCGUUAAGCGAGGGCCGGCCGCGUAUUUCCGGAGGAAAGAGAGGAUGUUGCGUAUCUCCGUCCGCCGCAUGGUGAAGACACACACCUUCUACUGGACCGUGCUGGGACUCGUGGCCUUAAACACCAUCUGUGUGGCCAUCGUUCAUCACAACCAACCCGAGUGGCUCUCCACCUUCCUCUAUUACGCAGAGUUCCUGUUCCUGGGUUUGUUUCUGACGGAGAUGUUCCUGAAGAUGUACGGUCUCGGCCCUCGGCUCUACUUCCACUCCUCCUUUAACUGCUUCGACUUCGGAGUGAUCGUCGGCAGUAUCUUUGAGGUGAUCUGGAGUUUCUUCAGACCCGGAAUGAGUUUCGGGAUCAGCGUCCUGCGCGCGCUCCGACUGCUGAGGAUCUUCAAAAUUACCAAGUACUGGGCGUCUCUGAGGAACCUGGUCGUGUCUUUGAUGAACUCCAUGAAGUCCAUCAUCAGUUUGCUCUUCCUCCUCUUCCUCUUCAUCGUGGUCUUUGCGCUGCUGGGCAUGCAGCUGUUCGGGGGAAGGUUCAUCUUUGAAGAAUUCACCCCCACUAACUUUGAUACGUUUCCGGCUGCCAUCAUGACCGUGUUUCAGAUCCUUACAGGUGAGGACUGGAACGAAGUCAUGUACAACGGGAUUCGCUCUCAGGGCGGAGUUAAGUCGGGAAUGUGGUCUUCCAUUUACUUCAUCGUCCUCACGCUGUUUGGAAACUACACACUUCUCAACGUCUUCUUGGCUAUCGCCGUGGACAAUUUAGCCAACGCUCAGGAGCUCACCAAGGAUGAAGAGGCGGAAGAGGAAGCGUUUAACCAGAAACACGCUCUGCAGAAAGCGAAAGAGGUCGGCCCGAUGUCGUCCUUCAUCUCCUCAGAGGGAAUGCGGAGGAGACGGCCGUAUCUGUACAGGAAGCGCGUGCUGAUCCACCGCGGCCGCACGGCUUUCUCUCUGGAGGAGUCGGACAGUUUCGGCGACGCUCCUCCACUCAAUACCUCUCGCUCUUUCAUGUCCAGGAGAGAAAGACGCCGGCGUCUGACCAUGUCCGUGUGGGAGCAGAGGACCAGCCAGCUCCGGCGCCAUCGCCAGACCUCCAGCCGAGAAAUCCUCUACGGUUCGUCUGUGUGCCACCAUCGGACACUGGCGCGCUCGGCCGAGAUCCCUCCCUCGCCGGAGAUCAGUUCCGCUCUCGACCCUCUGGAGUCUCUCGAGCCGUCCAUGGAGGAGCAGAACGUCUCCGUGGUUCCGCUGCCGGAUCCUCCUGAAUCCGAAGACUCGAGCGCCAAAGAUCUGUACGGAAACCCCGCGCACGCUCACACACAGAUCAGCACCACUCUGGAGCGUCCGGAUCCUCUGGACGCGGUGAAAGACGAGCAGGACGUCGAUGACACCCAGUUACCCGGAAACGCCCCCGAGGAAUUUCAGGAUAAAAACCACCUGAGCGUCCGGAGAGCCAACGGAGAGCGGCGGCAGCGAGGGACGCGUAAAUACAGCAAAUACGGUAAACACAGCAAACACAGAAACCCAGAGACGCACCGUCGGCCGCGCGACGAGCCGAACGCAGACGAGCGCAGCCGCUCCGCCAGCCGAGAACGGACGACGGGAAACGACGGCGACGAAGCGGAGGAGGAGAAGAGCAAUGACGGAGGUGGCAGUCCAGAGGAAAGGACCGCUGAGGACAGAGUUCUGGCCGCGGACCCGGAGCCGGCCACGCUCCAGAUCACCGACAGCAGCACGCUGGAGUGUGCAGGACCCGGCGAGGCCAGCACUGAGGGAGAAAACAACAACAACCAGGACAAAACGGCUCUCAGCACCAACGUGGUGACUGAAGACCUGGACACCACACCGGGACUGGAGCUCUCCACCAUUACAACAAACAAUAAAGAUCUGGAGGCUUCGAAAUCUGAGAAGGAAGACGAGCAAGCAGCAAAUCGCUCGAGAACUCCCCCAGACAGCAUGUUCAUCUUCAAACCCCACAAUCCGAUCCGCAGGGCGUGUCAUUAUGUGGUUAAUCUUCGUUAUUUUGAAAUGUGUAUCCUGUUGGUCAUCGCUGCGAGCAGUAUCGCUCUGGCGGCUGAAGAUCCAGUGGCCACAAACUCAGACUGGAAUAAAGUGCUGCGGUACUUUGAUUAUGUGUUCACUGGAGUUUUCACAUUUGAAAUGAUCAUUAAGAUGAUCGAGCAGGGCCUGAUCCUUCAUGAUGGCUCUUAUUUCCGUGAUCUGUGGAACAUUCUGGAUUUCAUUGUGGUGGUUGGAGCACUGGUAGCAUUCGCUCUCACGAAUGUACUGGGGAAUAAUAAAGGUAGAGACAUUAAAACCAUCAAGUCUCUGCGAGUGCUGCGAGUUCUCCGGCCUCUGAAGACCAUCAAGCGACUUCCUAAACUAAAGGCGGUGUUUGAUUGCGUGGUCACGUCUCUGAAGAACGUCUUUAACAUCCUCAUCGUGUAUAAACUCUUCAUGUUCAUCUUCGCCGUCAUCGCAGUGCAGCUCUUCAAGGGAAAAUUCUUCUACUGCACUGACGGCUCCAAGGACACGGAGAAAGACUGUCA